CAUUCUGGGAAGUGGAGUUCUAGUCCAUCAGAGAGCAGGAAACUGCAGGCAAUAGAGACGGUACUCCUGUAUGAGUUCACCUUCACAUUUAUAACUACACUCAAAACAGCUAUUUAGCUUGUCCUCUGGAUUCCUAACACCAUGAACGGGUCAGCAAUGUAUACUGCGCCUAUCGUGCUGGAUAUAAAGUUGAAAAGAGGACCACAAGGUCUGGGGUUUAACAUCGUGGGGGGUCUGGACCAGCAGUAUGUCCUGAAUGACAGUGGGAUUUAUGUGGCCAAAAUCAAACAGAAUGGCGCAGCAGCGCUGGAUGGAAGAUUACAAGAGGGAGACAAGAUAUUGGCGAUUAAUGGUCACAAGCUGGAACACCUGUCACACAGUGCUGCGGUGGAGCUCUUCACGUCAGCGGGAGAGGACGUGCAGCUUCGCGUGCAGCAGAGGCCCACCAUGGUCAUGAAUGUUCCCCCCAGUCCCAGGCCUGACGGCGACUCUUCUGUCUCCUCCUUGGUAAUACUUGUGGCCGUCCUGGGAGCUGCUGCAGCCGUUACUGUCCUCUACAUGCGCUUCCAGCCACAACUGAGGAGGCAUUUUUAACACGCUAAUUUUCUCCUCAAAAACAUUUUUUUUUUUUUAAGAGCAAAAGCUGGGACUGAACUUUGCUGAAGGCCAAAAAAAAAAAGAAAAUGAGGA